GUCGUGGGGCGGGGCGGAGGAGCGUUGUCCGUAGAGCCUCAGCCCUGUGUCCUCGGCCACCGCCCCCGCUGCUGCCCCGUAUCCGCCCCUCGCCUGCCUUUAGAGAGUACAGGCGACAGCAGUUUUUCUAGGUGGUCAAACAGCCGCCAAACGUCUUCGUCGAGCUGCCUUUUCUAGCUGGCGGCUCUUCUGGGCUGGGUCCAGGUCGGGGGGUGGUGAAAAAUGGCGCCGGCGCCCCAAGGCGUCCGGGAGGAGCCGCUGCUGGAGUGUGGGUCCGGACUGCUUUCCCGGCUACUCUUCCUCGCCCAGGCAGUCCUCCUCCUGCUGCCGGCCGCCCGGGCAGGCCUCUGCCCCGCGCCCUGCUCCUGCCGCAUCCCUCUGUUGGAUUGCAGUCGCAGGAAACUGCCAGCGCCCGGCUGGAGGGCGCUGUCGAGCUCGCUGCCCCCCGACGCCGUCAGCCUGGAUUUGAGUCAUAAUCGGUUGUCUAACUGGAAUAUCAGCUUGGAAUCUCAAACAUUACAAGAAGUGAAAAUGAAUUAUAAUGAGCUAACUGAAAUCCCAUAUUUUGGAGAACCAACCACUAAUAUUACUCUUCUCUCUUUAGUCCAUAAUAUAAUCCCAGAAAUAAAUGCAGAAGCGUUCCAGUUUUACCCUGCUCUCGAGAGUUUAGAUCUCAGCUCAAAUAUAAUAUCAGAAGUCAAGACAUCUUCAUUUCCUCGAAUGCAGCUUAAAUACCUGAAUUUGAGCAAUAAUAGGAUAACCAUCUUGGAGGCUGGUUGCUUCGAUAAUUUGUCAAGUUCCUUAUUAGUGGUAAAGUUAAACAGGAACAGAAUUAGCAUGAUUCCACCCAAGAUCUUCAAGCUACCUCACCUCCAAUUCUUGGAACUUAAAAGAAACAGGAUUAAAAUUGUGGAAGGUCUCACAUUCCAAGGUCUAGACUCCUUAAGAUCUUUGAAAAUGCAGCGGAAUGGAAUUAGCAAACUCAAGGAUGGAGCGUUUUUUGGCUUGGAUAACAUGGAAGAAUUAGAACUGGAGCAUAAUAACCUUACAGAAGUGAACAAGGGGUGGUUGUAUGGCUUGCGAAUGUUACAACAGCUCUACGUGAGCCAGAAUGCUGUUGAAAGAAUCAGCCCUGAUGCAUGGGAGUUCUGCCAAAGACUGUCUGAACUUGAUUUGUCCUAUAACCAGUUGACCCGCCUGGAUGAAUCUGCCUUUGUGGGUCUGAGCUUACUGGAGAGAUUGAACUUAGGGGACAACAGAGUCACUCACAUUGCUGAUGGUGUAUUUAGGUUUCUUUCCAAUCUUCAGACACUAAACUUAAGAAACAAUGAAAUUUCAUGGGCCAUAGAAGAUGCUAGUGAAGCCUUUGCUGGACUCACAAGUCUCACUAAAUUAAUCUUACAAGGAAAUCAGAUUAAGUCAAUUACAAAGAAAGCAUUCAUUGGUCUUGAAUCCCUUGAGCAUCUAGAUUUGAACAACAAUGCUAUAAUGUCUAUCCAAGAAAAUGCUUUUUCCCAGACUCGCUUGAAAGAACUAAUUCUGAACACAAGCAGUUUGCUCUGUGACUGCCAUUUGAAGUGGUUGCUUCAGUGGCUGGUUGAUAAUAAGUUUCAACAUUCUGUGAAUGUAAGCUGUGCACACCCUGAAUGGCUAGCAGGGCAAAGCAUCCUGAAUGUGGAUCUGAAAGAUUUUGUCUGUGAUGAUUUUCUCAAGCCGCAGAUAAGAACCCAUCCUGAAACCACAGUUGCUCUAAGAAGCAUGAACGUGACCCUGACAUGCACUGCAGUGAGCAGCAGCGAUUCACCCAUGUCUACUGUGUGGCGCAAAGACAGCGAAAUCUUGUAUGAUGCUGAUAUUGAGAAUUUUGUUCGUUAUCAGCAACAAGCUGGAGAAGCUCUGGAAUACACUAGUGUCUUACAUCUUUUCAAUGUAAAUUUCACAGAUGAAGGAAAAUAUCAGUGUAUUAUUACUAAUCACUUUGGUUCUAACUAUUCUCAUAAAGCCAAACUGACUGUGAAUGAGAUGCCAUCUUUUCUGAAAACUCCAAUGGAUCUAACUAUUCGCACUGGUGCCAUGGCCAGAUUAGAAUGUGCUGCAGAGGGGCACCCUGCACCUCAGAUUUCCUGGCAGAAAGAUGGCGGUACGGACUUUCCUGCGGCUCGAGAGAGACGCAUGCACGUCAUGCCUGAGGAUGAUGUCUUCUUCAUUGCAAAUGUGAAAAUAGAAGACAUGGGGAUCUAUAGCUGCAUGGCACAGAACAUAGCAGGCGGCCUCUCAGCAAAUGCUUCAUUAAUCGUGUUAGAGACACCCUCAUUUAUUAGACCUCUGGAGGACAAGACAGUAACCCGAGGUGAAACUGCAGUAUUACAGUGCAUAGCUGGAGGGAGUCCUGCCCCUCGCCUCAACUGGACCAAAGAUGAUGGACCACUGCUGGUGACAGAACGGCAUUUCUUUGCUGCAGCCAACCAACUUCUCAUCAUUGUAGAUGCUGGGCUAGAAGAUGCUGGGAAAUAUACCUGCAUUAUGUCCAACACCCUUGGGACAGAGCGUGGUCACAUUUACCUAAAUGUGAUUUCAACCCCCAAUUGUGACUCUUCCCAGAGUAGCAUUGGGCAUGAAGACGAUGGGUGGACCACAAUUGGCAUUGUCAUCAUUGUUGUGGUCUGCUGUGUUGUGGGUACCUCUUUGAUCUGGGUCAUUGUUAUUUACCACAUGAGAAGGAAAAAUGAAGACUAUAGUAUCACGAACACAGACGAGCUCAAUCUGCCUGCAGACAUUCCCAGCUACUUGUCUUCCCAAGGAACACUGUCUGAGCCACAGGAAGGCUACAGCAACUCUGAGGCAGGCAGUCAUCAGCAACUUAUGCCUCCUGCCAAUGGAUAUUUACACAAAGGUGCUGAUGGUGGCACUGGCACCCGGGUUAUCUGCUCAGAUUGUUAUGACAAUGCCAACAUCUACUCCCGGACCCGAGAAUACUGUCCGUACACCUAUAUUGCUGAAGAGGAUGUUCUCGAUCAGACGCUGCCCAGCCUUAUGGUCCAGAUGCCCAAAGAGACUUAUUUGGCACAUCUUCCCCAAGAUGCCACCACCCUGGAGAGCCUGGUAUCAUCAGCAGAUAGAGAGAUGUCUGCCUUUCCCACCAACCAUGAGAGGAUAAAUGAGAAGAAACUUUCCUCCACACAGAAGAGCAGUGGUAAAGGGCACAGUGUGUUUUGUUAUUUUGGUUUGUUUUCACUUUCACCUACUUGAUUUUUCCUUCUGUCAUAUAGGUAGCACUCUCAUUUGACAGAAGCAAACAAGUUGGUAUAAUGGAGUAAUUAGCUACCACUAAUUGGUAUAAACUAGAGCCAGAGAUUUUUAGAGAUUAGAUUUAGAAAGAAGUCUGGAUCUGUAGGAUGAAAACAGCUUUUGUGGGAGUAACAAGAUCUUACUUCUGAAGAUUCAGAAGCCAUGUAGAAAAAGUUUCUAUAAAGAGGUUUCAUACAGGCACUACUUCUUUCUUCCAUGUUUAUUUAAAUAAUGGAGACUUGAAAUGCUAAGGAUAUAAUGAUUUGGGCAUAAUUUGAUGAAGAUUUUCACUGAGAAGAUUUAAAAAUGUUUUAUUUGGUUCCUGUUCUAUCAGGUAAAUGUUGAAUGUCAGUAUCACUUGGAAGGUAUUUGCUUUCAUCUGUGAAGUAUUACAGUCAGCGCCAUAAGUGGGAAAGCAGUUUGGGGAUAGCAGCCCAGGAAAAGAAACACAUGUUAUAUUGUGCCGACGAGGCAUUUGAAACAACCCAGUCAAUGAAGCAAAGCAAAACAAAACAAAACUCUUUCUAGACCAUGAAGGGCACUACUGAGCAUGUCUUCCUGUCCAUCCAGGCUUUUUAUCCACUGUCACCCUCCUGUCAGCCUGAAAUGAAAGAGCACUGGAAAUAGGGUGGGGCUUUGCACCGCAGGUUUACAGUGGAAGACAUUGUAUAGUGGUGCUUCCAGGGAUGGUUCUGGCUGGAGUGAAUGAAAUGACAUGGACUUUUAAGAUGUGCUCUGUUGUUCUUAGUUAAGAGACCACCUCUAAAGUUUUCUAAAGAGGGUACAGGUCAGAGAAAAAUAUCCUGUUAUUGAAGUUAGUCUCUUGUCUUUAAAAUUCUGUGUCCAUGAAAGAAAGGUGCCAACACUAAAUCCAUUUCCCUGUGUCCUAGAAGAGAUAUACACACACAAAAUAACUUUAAGUAGAACUAAAAAUGCAGUAUCUUUCCCCAACUUCAGGGAUGUCUUAAUUGUUAAUCUGGUCUGUAAGUGAGGAAAUGAGCAAAUGAGAGUGCUUUGGUGCAUUGCUUGUUCCUUAGCUAGGGUGCUGUAGCUCCUUGCUACUCAAAGAGUGGUCUGUCAGCAUCAGCAUUACCUAGGAGCUUGUUAGAAAUGCAGAGCAUGGGUCCCACCCCAGACCUAGUGAACCAGAGUCUAUAUUUUAACACAGUCUCCAGGUUAUUUGUGUGCAUAUUAAAGCUUGAGAAACCCUGCUCUAGCUUACUUUGCACAUGGGUUUUAUUUUUAUUUCUGAGUGUUUGUUUCUAGAAUGUUUGGCUAGCUUUUUCCAAAAUACAUCCCCAUGGAAGCAGCCGCAUAGCACAGGGAGAUCAGCUCGGUGCUUUGUGACCAC